UUGUUCAGUUUGUGUCACGUUGUUCGAUCCGUGUAUUUCCAUCAUACCAUCUGUGAAUAAUACACGAGGAGCAGCGUGUAGCCUGAAGAAAAACCGAGUUACUGAAACAAAAACAUCCUGCGAACGUUGCAGGUCGAAUCAUGUUCAUCCGCAAUCAACACGGUGCUCGAAUCAAGUUUUUACAAUAAAACACGAUAUUUGCCUACGAAAUGAGCAAGUCUCCCGUGACAAACGAUAAAGAACAAAAAAACGAAGCUCAUUCAAAACCGGCUACUAAAAAUGACAAAAAGAACGAUGUUCAAAUUUUGUACGUUCGAGAUACGGGUGAUUCGUCUAAAAGACCCAUUGUACAAGAUGGAAUACAAAAGGAAGUGAUCCGUCAAGAACGCAAAUCACAAAUCAGUUGGAAUAAAAAAUAUGACUAUUUGAGUGGGAACAAUUUUCAACGGAUACUUGCCGAGGAAGCUGUGAAGGCCGGACUUCCAGAGGAUACAUUCGUAAAACGCAAAAAAAAUGAUGCAUCAAUAACUAAACGUUUUACACAUAAGUUGGCUGCCUCGCCACCAAUUCCAAAGACGAGUACAGGCAUUGUUGGAUGGCGAUCUUCGCAGGAAGAGUAUCGCUUGGAAUUUAACGGACCUAUGUACAUUUCGCCAAAACGAACAACCAGCCCACCACCGGAACCCGAUGCCCUUCCAAUAACUCAUCAACGAUGGAUAUUUCUUGGAUGAUUACGAAGCAAAUACAUCAAUAUCUAACAAGUUCCUUGUAAUUUUAACAUACAUAUAUAAUGUAACUCAUUAACGUUCUAACAAUAUCUCUACUUCACUUCGUGUAAUUCUUCUUCUACAUAAGACUGCAAAAUUUGUAAAUUCUAUUUGCGGAAAUCUAUAGCAAUAUUUUGAUAGAUCAGAAUCCUGUCUCAGAAAAGACCAAUGGAUUUUUGGAAGCAGAUCUCUCUUGAAGCUUCCGAAAGGUCUUACAACCUUUCAUCUGUAUUAUUUUGACAGAGAUAUCGUAGAUAAUUAAUGAGAAUUUGAUUAUGAAGGAUCCGGAAAAUCCAUCUUUAGGUGAUAUCAGUCGUCAGUUUCUGUUAUCCUAUAGAUAGUAUUAUUACACACUUGUAUCCUCUGGGUAAUACUAUUAUUAGGGGUUAUCGGAAAAGUGCUGAAAUUUCCGAUAAAAUAGUAUCGACUUUGUCGGGAAUACAUGUUCUCAAACUCGAAAUUCCUUACAAUCAACACGGGCACUGCCAUUAAUAUGUAAUGAAGUGGACAGAUAUGAGCAAUUAUAAUCCGGGCCACUUGAUAAUAAAUUUCUAAACAAUCU